AACAAGUAAACGUCGGGCAGCCGGGCAGAUAAGUCGCCAUGGUUUGUUGUUUUCCGCGGCAAUUUUCCUACCCGUCUACCAUUCCCGGGUAAAUAGCCUGCAGCUUUCGAUUACGAUCGAUCAACAAUCCCACAAACUCAACUCCAAGAUGAACGAUGAAUCUUCAUCUCAUUGUCAAAUCCCAUCACCAAAACCCACAACCCCAUCUUCUCUAAAUUAUUACCACCCAUCUCCAUCACGCACCAUCUACAGCGAUCGAUUUAUCCCCUCUCGAUCCGCAUCCAAUUUCGCCCUAUUUGGCUUGUCUACUCCGCCACCGUCCGACGGAGGCGCUGACAACGACACUUCUUCUUCCUCAGCCGCCUACACUGCCCUUUUGAGAAAGGCAUUGUUUGGGUCGGAUCUGGGAUUCAUUCCUCCCAGUACGCCUGAUAAGAAGAACUCUCCAGUGACUACUACUAAUCCAGUAAACCGGAAUAUUUUUCGCUUCAAGAGUGAGACUAGGCAAUCGUUGCAUUCGCUGUCUCCGUUUGGAUUUGAUAAUGAGUUGCCUGGGGUUAGUCAUCGACCUGCUAAAGCUCGACGAAUUGUUCCCAGAUCUCCUUAUAAGGUUCUAGAUGCACCAGCAUUGCAAGAUGAUUUUUACCUAAAUCUUGUGGAUUGGUCUUCUCAUAAUAUCUUGGCUGUGGGAUUGAGCAAUUGUGUUUACUUAUGGAAUGCCUCUAGUAGUAAGGUUACAAAAUUAUGUGAUUUGGGCAUUGAUGAAACAGUCUGUUCAGUUGGGUGGUCACAACAAGGAACAACUCUUGCAGUUGGAACUAGCAAUGGAGAAGUCCAGAUAUGGGAUGUGUUUGGAUGCAAGAAAGUUAGAACCAUGGAAGGACACAGAUCACGUGUUGGAGCCUUGGCUUGGAAUUCAUCCAUGUUAUCUUCAGGAAGCCGUGAUAAAAGUGUUCUUCAACGGGACCCACGUGUAGAACAAGAUUUUGUUAGUAAGUUAAAUGGUCAUAAAUCAGAAGUGUGUGGACUCAAAUGGUCUUAUGAUAAUCGCGAAUUAGCAUCAGGGGGAAACGAUAAUCGGCUUUUUGUUUGGAAUCAACAUUCAACACAACCUGUUUUGAAAUACUGUGAGCAUACUGCUGCUGUGAAAGCAAUUGCGUGGUCUCCACAUCUUUAUGGACUUCUGGCUUCCGGUGGCGGCACUGCUGACCGGUGUAUCAAAUUUUGGAACACAACCACCAAUUCUCACCUGAGCUGUGUGGAUACCGGUAGUCAGGUGUGUAAUCUUGUGUGGUCUAAGAAUGGGAAUGAACUUGUGAGCACACAUGGAUACUCUCAGAAUCAAAUUAUAGUCUGGAAGUACCCUAAUAUGUCAAAGUUGGCUACUCUUACUGGGCAUACAUACAGAGUUCUUUACCUUGCAAUCUCACCUGAUGGACAGACGAUUGUGACUGGAGCUGGAGAUGAAACACUUAGAUUUUGGAAUGCAUUUCCUUCUCCUAAAUCUCAGAACAAUGAGAGUGCAAUUGGAGCAUCAUCUUUUGGAAGAACACAUAUACGUUAAGCUGAUUUUGGUUUUUGAUGUGUUGUGAAAAAGAAGUUAUUGGUCAUAGCUUAUGACUGAAAUGAUAUACACCACAAGCAGAAAGAGUUGACAAUUUAGAAGCUAAAAAGGUCAGAUUAUUGAAGAGGUUUGUGAUCUGGAUUAAGAUUAAACUUUAAAGAUGAUAGACCUAUUGUUCCUCACUUGUGAAGCUCAGGUUUCUUGAUCUUGUUGGAUUUUGUGUAAAUAACCUUAUCAAUGCUACAAUUUUUAUAUUAAUACCAAUAUUAACUUUUUA